ACGCUGCUAGGGUUUCGGCUCGAGCUCCGGCGCUCCAGUGCGCGGGGCCAUGGCGGCCCAGGGCGGCGAGGCGGCUGCCGGAUCCGCCGCCAAGCCCGGCGAGGCAAGUUCAUCUCCGUACCAAUCUUCAGCAUCUGGCCAUCAUCCAUGGUCUUCUUCAACUGGGACUUCCUGGAACUAUCCAGUGGAUAAUUCAAACCAAAGCGCAGUUUAUUAUGAUCCACAAAGGGAUGUCUCAGUUUCAGGAGCUACUCAAAAUGCGACCAGUGGUGCAAAUAAUGUGAUUCAACCGGCUGUGGGCACAAGUAAUGCAACCAAUACUUAUGCGCCAUACUCAAAUUCUGUUCAACCUGCCUACAAUGCUGCACAGUAUCCAAAUUAUUACUAUAACUAUCCACAAGCUGCAAACGACUCUACUGUUCAACAAGGAGUAGAUCCAAGUUCAGGUGCUGCUUAUCAGCCUCUUACUUCAUUUCAGAAUUCAGGAUCUUAUGUUGGUCCUACAAGUAACACAUAUUAUAAUGCUGGUGCUGAUCAGACCGCGCCAGGAUAUGCAACCAACAACUAUUAUUAUCAGAACAAUGCCUGGGGUGGAGGAAGUUCUGGAGAUGUUCACAGCCAAACAUAUCAGACUUACAAUCCAUCAGAUGCUAACGCUGCCCAGAAUUCUAGUUCUCUGCCCACCAAUUCUUUUCACUAUCCUCAACAGUACACCCAGUGGUCUCACUAUUAUGAUCAGUCUGCACCAAACCCCGUAGGCUCUGCAGUCGCUGGCAGCAGUGUGUCCGAAACAAAAGCUUCUAGUGCCGGUUCUGGUUAUGCACACCCCAGCUCACAGCCACCUCCACCAGGCACCACACAAUGGAAAAAUGAUACAGUUGCAUCUACUGCACCUCCUCUGCAGGCAGCGGGAAUCACAGGGUUUCAAAGCCAGAAUGCCCACCAGGCACCAGGUGCUCCAGGGUUUCAAAGCCAGCAUGCCAACCAGGCACCAGGCACUCCAACGUUUCAAAACCAGCAUGCCAAUCAGGCACCAGGCGCUCCAGGGUUUCAAAGCCAGCAUGCCAAUCAGGCACCAGGUGCUCCAGGGUUUCAAAGCCAGCAUGCCAACCAGGCACCAGGUGCUCCAGGGUUUCAAAGCCAGCAUGCGAACCAGGCACCAGGCGCACCAGGGUUUCAAAGCCAGCAUGCGAACCAGGCACCAGGCAUCUCAGGGUUUCAAAGCCACAUCAACCUGGCACCUGGCGCCCCAGGGUUUCAAGACCAGCAUGUCAACCAGGCACCAGGUGCCCCAGGGUUUCAAAACAAGCACAUCAACCAGGCAUCGGCCCCUCCAGGUUUUAAAAAUCAGUAUACUAACCAGACAGCUUCAGUUCAUGGGUUUCAGAACCAGUAUGCGAACCAGGCACUUGCAUACCAACAAAGCUCUGCAAAUUAUAGUCAGUUACCACUAAAUAACCAAGCCGAUCAACAGAAAGCUUUGCAUGUGCAAGGUCAAAGCUCAAAUGUUUAUUCAGUAAAUCAUACUUAUGAAAACUCUCAGCCAACCUUGCAGGGUUCUGCAACCAGGGUAAAUAAAGUUCAGAUCCCAACAAACCCUCGAAUAGCUCCAGAUGUCCCAAAAGCAUUGCCCAAAGCAGAGUCAAAAUUACAAGCUGCUUCAUCGCUAAAACCUGCUUAUGUUGGUGUUUCCAUGCCCAAGAAUGAUGUGAAGGCAGGUCAAGAUGGUCAUGGAGCUGCAGCACAGGGAGCUUUCCCCGUUUCACUUUGUACUUAUGUUGAGCGGAAUCUUUCCCGUUGUAAGGAUGAUGCCCAGAGAUCUGCCACCCGAAUCAUCAUGAAGGAGAUAAUAACCAAGGCAACUGCUGAUGGUACCCUUCAUAAUAAGAACUGGGACAUUGAGCCGUUAUUAGCUUUGCCAGAAAAUGCUACAGGCACAGAUAUGACAAGCACUGGAAAGGAUUCAAGUCCCUUCUCCUUUUCUACACCAAGGAGGAGCCCGAGUAGACGUACGAAAAGUAGGUGGGAGCCUGUUGCUGAUGAAAAAGUCAUUAACAAGGUGGAAGUGGUUCCUAAAGAACCAGCAAAAAGUAACAUUUCUACCUGGGAAGCUGCUAAACGAACGGGCAACAGUUGGGAUCUUGGGAGAUUUGUCCAAUCCCGUCAAGCUCCUUCAAGCCAAUGGAGUCAGAGGCCCUCUAAAAAGCAGCGGACAAGUGGUAGUACAAAUGUAAACAAAAAUGGAAAUGCUUCAAGCGACAGCGACAAGGAGCAGGAUCUUGCGAAAUAUUAUGCCAGUUCAAUGCAACUAACAAAUUCACCAGAGGAGAAGAAACGGCGGGAGCAUAGAUCAAAGCGCUUUGAACGUGGUCAGAGUGCAUCAUCAAAAUCUGGAAGUUCCGUACCACAUAAGGCCAAUGUAUACAUAAGGAAAGCUAUGCCGAUGCUUCCCAACAAAAUUAAUGGAGAUGGUGUUACAUUGGCAGUUGAGGAUUUGGACUGGGAUGCACUGACAAUCAAGGGAACAUGUCAGGAAAUUGAGAAACGAUAUCUGCGCCUUACAUCAGCACCUGAUCCUGCCACUGUAAGGCCAGAAGAUGUCUUAGAGAAAGCUCUUCACAUGGUUGAAACUUGUGAAAAGAAUUACCUCUAUAAAUGUGAUCAACUGAAGUCUAUUAGGCAAGACCUUACUGUUCAGAGGAUUCAGAACGAGCUGACUGUCAAGGUUUACGAAACUCAUGCACGAUUAGCACUUCAAGCGGGAGAUUUAUCUGAAUAUAAUCAGUGCCAAUCGCAGUUGACAAGGUUAUAUGGCGAAGGGAUCUCAGGCUGUCAUCUUGAGUUCUCUGCUUACAACUUGCUAUGUGUCAUGUUACACUCUAACAACAAAAGAGACUUGCUUUCAUCCAUGGCAAGUUUGUCGAAGGAAGCCAAGCUAGACGAAACAGUCAAACAUGCACUUGCCGUUCAUUCUGCUGUUUCGUCUGGAAACUAUGUCAUGUUUUUCAAAUUAUACAAAAAAGCGCCUGGGUUGAAUUCGUGUCUUAUGGACCUCUAUGUUGAGCGGAUGCGUUUUGAGGCAAUAAAAUGCAUGUCAAAAUCAUAUCGUCCAACUGUGCCUGUGAGAUAUGCUGCACGGGUUUUGGGGUUCACGAAGGUUGUUGAAGUUUGUGAGGUUGAAGUAGCUGAUGGAUUGGAAGAAUGUGAAGAAUGGUUGAAAGCACAUGGUGCUAUUCUUGCAGUAGAUGGAAACAACGGGGAGUUGCAGAUAGACACAAAAGUUUCUUCUGCAUCUCUAUUCAUGCCGGAACCUGAUAAUGCUGUUUCGCAUGGCGAUGCAUCUCUUGCUGUGGAUGAUUUUUUGGCGCGGGCAUCAUAAACAAUGCCAGGCUGGGUGAUUUGGUGAGCAGGUAGUACUCCUUCGGCACUAAGCUUUGGAUGUACUGUGUUAGUACAUACUGCCAAUGCUAGUAGAGGAACGCUCUAUUAAUGCAGGACAGACACAUGAAAUGGAUCCGAUGAGAGGGGAAGCACUGGCUCUUGCACCGAAUUGGUCUCAUGAACUUGAUGCACACAGCACGUGGGUAGGAAACUAUUUAGUAGCCUCACAUUGUGCUCUGACGCCGUCGAAACUUGGCAAGGGGUGAUAACUAUCCAGCUCUGUGAUUUCCAUAUGACAGAUAAAAUUAUGGGGUAGCAUUAAAAGCUAUGAGUCACCAAGUCGGGGCAUGAUUUUGUACUGCCAGCUAGACGUCAAGUGUAUAUGUUGUUGUCAAGAACAUGGUCAAUCCAGUUCAGUGUAGUGUACAAUUUUUGUUCACUUAGAGGUUGCUCUGAUGUCAGUUAUUCUUGACCGAUCAACUGCAAAUAGUUCAUAGGUAUACUGAUAUUGUUCCGAAAUUUUGUCCCCUUAUGGGGAAGAAAUGUGUUUGAUAGUAACAGAAGUCGUGGUAAUUUUCUCUAGAAACUUGUUAUGUUACUAUGCCAAUGUAGAGUAAACCGCAUCCUCGUGGAAUCUGCUGGAGUAUUGGAACUGUGUUUCUGGCU